AUUUAUUUUCACUCGGCACUUCAGUCUCUUGGCUGUCUCUCUAGCUAAGAAUUUGAUGAUAAUCUGACGAUAAUACCUCGUGGGUUGGUUCAUCCAUGCCACUAAAGGAUCUGUCAAACUCGGCCGCCAUGAAACCAGCAGUGGAUGAGAUGUUUCCGGAGGGCGCGGGGCCGUACGUUGAUCUGGAUGAGGCUGGGGGAAGCACAGGACUGCUGAUGGACCUGGCUGCCAAUGAAAAGGCAGUUCAUUCUGACUUCUUUAAUGAUUUUGAGGAUCUGUUUGAUGAUGAUGACAUCCACUGACUGAGAUGAUGGACGAUAUUCACACCGCCCUUUUUUCUUCUCCUCAACAUUUUUUUUUGUGUGGAGAGCAAACCAACCAUUUACUGUCUAAUGACAUACAAUUUACUUUCAUAGUUGUCCUAGGUUUAGGCUUUUUUAAAACAUCCUUAAAAAGUCAUCCCCAGCUCCAGAUGUUGUGAAAUUCUUAAGAUCCCAAGGAUUCCUUCAUAUAUGGUAUGUUAAAAUUAUGAGCUUGUAUUGUGCUCAUGUCUUUGACUGCUUCGAAAACGGAUUGCAGGUUUCAGUGUGCUGGAGAACACCUGUUAGGAGCGUAAUUAUACUUAUGGUGGGCAGAGGCUCCAUAUGCAGUCUCCCUUAAACAUGCUGCAAAUGGAAAAGUUUUAUAUCGGCAGUGCAUCAUGUUACAUCAUGAAUUUGUACUUAUGUGUACAGAAGUUAUGCUACAGUUGUAUUUUGGUGAUGGAUUCUAUAUGUGACAAAAAUCAAUAAAUAGUAUAUUUUAUGUAUGAGGCAGGAA